AUGGGUGACAUCGCGGCUGCUUUCGCUCAACACGAGAUCACACCAAAAAUCAUCGACAACCCACCAAAACAGAAGUUACACCUAGUCUGGGAUGGAAUCCAAGUGGAGCCGGGAAUGACUAUGUCAACAAGGAAUCUCAAGAAUGCGCCACGUUUCAAUUUACCCGGAGCGGAUCCGGAAAGCACAUUUAGUAUGGUGAUGAUUGAUCCGGACAAUCUUUCGCGGAAGAACCCGUCAGUUGCGGAAUGGUUGCACUGGCUUGUUGUAAAUAUACCCGCCAGUAACGUUAUUGAGGGCAUCAACGGGGGCCAACAUCAAAUGCCCUACGGGUCACCAGCUCCUCAACCAAGAACUGAUCUACAUCGAUAUGUUAUUCUUAUGUGGGAACACCAAGGAAGGCGUAUCAACGUUCCCAAGCCAUCUAGCCGAGCCAAGUUCAACGUCAAACAAUUUAUAGAGAAGAAUAAGCUUGGAGACCCAAUCGCGGGCAACUUCUUCUUAUCACAACAUGAAUGA